CCCCCCCCCCCCCGACGGCCCUCCAAUCACCUCCCCCGCCUUCAGCGAUGGGGAUUCGGUCCUAACCUGUCCCCAUUGCGAUCGCACCUUCACCUCACACAUUGGCCUGGUCGGUCACUUGCGAAUCCAUUGCUCAGAGGCUGACACACCCGUGCCUGGAGCACCAACUUACGCUUGCCGCAUUCGCCUCUACCGUUCGCACUGCUCCCGCGCAUUCACACACAGCAUGGACCUAUUCGGUCACAUGUGUACCCGUGACAGCGGAAACUGCCGCAGUAUCGACACACCUAGCAUGCCUUGCACAUCGACCAUCCCUCUAAUUUCCAAUCCAAUAAACUUCCCAUAGAACAGCGUGCACGCCACUAGCAGCGUCGCAACAUCACCUUCAGCUGAAUGACCGCCUUUAUUCGCAAUCUGCCAACGGACAGUGCGUAGUCUAUAAAUCUGUGUACAAUGAUUGGACAGGGCAUAACCCGUCACUUUUGAAUCCAUAAGAUCGAGUAAAUUUCACCACUUUCCCGAUGUAACUUCACCCAACUGUGUGCCAAAUUUGACUUAGAACGCUGACCGGGACGCCAGUCUUUAGUAGUUUUUCAUUCGAUUUCUAGCCAGUUUUUGCACCUGAACUCACUCACUGGUGCGUACGUUUAUAAAAUCCCAAAGAUCCUUAUCUUUUCCCUCCACUGUUUAUUUGGAGUGACUUAUUUCCGAUUGGAGAAUGCAGGAAUAUGAAAGACUGAAGUUAACAGUCUGGGGGUUAACCAUUCUCUAGAUAACCUGAUAUGUAGGUUCCUUCACGUCUAUUAUUUUGGUUACAUCGUUCUCUUCUCUGUUUGACUUCAGAACGGACCUCUGCCCUUCUCAUUUCCGACUUUCCUCUUGGCGUGGUGGACCCGUGAACUGCUGACCUAUGUCAUUUACGUGAAAGCAAUGAUUCACCCACGGACGGUGAAAUGGGGUGCACAUACGUACGUCCUUUCUUUGGGCGGUCACACCCGAUUUGCCACCGACCAGCACCUGCCCGCGAGAUGCGGGGGCACUCACCUCCCGCCAGUACACUUUGCCGCCACAACGACGGCCUCACCGACGAUGACAACGAAGGUGCCGACCGGCAAUGGCGGCAACGGAAGUAACACAAGUCUCACAACCCACCUAUCUGCGGCUGAAAAACAGAUAGGGAUAUCCAAUGGGACCGAAGUGCAGCCCAACGGUGGCAACAUGUUCACUUGGCGUCAUUUCCCUCCCAAUGGUUACAUUCAAGGAAAUGCAGGGUUGGUACGAAAAGUGGACGGAUAUUCCUCUCUCGCCAAUGGCGCAGCUGACAGCGCCGCCACCACUCGCCUAUCUCACUACGGGCAACCGCGCGGUACACUCCUGAUGGAUGAUUAG